GUCAUUCAUUUCUCCUGCUCCUCCACGCGACGGUAACAGCCCCAUCUCCGACGACAUUGCACCACUGAUCUCCGACGACCUUGGUUCUGAAAAUUGGACCGACCGGACCUUGAACCGUGUUUCUCUACCGUUCGGAUUGACUUGAGAAAUCGCUAGACAUAAAACCGUUUUGAAACCGCUGUAUCGAUUGGAUACCGGCCGGUUCUCAAUCACCUGCCUCAAACAGUGUCGUUUUGGCUUAUAAAAAAAAAAAAUUGAAGCCUCGCACUCGCAGUCUCACACGAACCAUCAUUUGAGCACAUUGCUCUUCCCUCAUUUUGAGAAAGAAAAGAGGAGACAACCCUACCAUUCACCGCCGCCGCCGCCGCCGCUCUUCUCACCGCCAUCGUCCCACCAUCGUGUGGUCGUCCUCCAUCGUCCCCUCUGCUGUAUUCUCCAACGCCUCUGUUCAUUCGCCAACCUCUUCGUGUCGUAUCGCCAGCUCCAGUUCGUCUGUUCGUCGCCCAUCGUCCGUGGUUGUCCGCCGGCGUUCUUGCUCAAUCUCCCUCAUACUCUACUCACUUCUCAGACCGAAGACUUCAGAUUCAGAGAGGUUCCUCAUCUUUGCUUGCUUGGAUCAGUAUGGUUUAGGUUGAACCGGUUGGAUCAGUGAAUCAGUAAUUAAAGCGGUUCAAUGACUGGUCCAGUUUUCAGAACCUUGCCGACGACUCACCAACUCUGAGCUCCAUAGAAUUCGCAUUUUCCAACACCAUACAGCCACCAUGGAUGUUGAUUCACAGCCAACUAUGGAAGAAACGAUUCUGGUGGGCGAUGACCUGAUGAUGGGUCCACCGUCACCUGUUGUGCCACCUGAAAUUGCAUCCCAUGUUCUCCGCGGUGUUGAUUUGUGUGAUGGAAUCCUUAAGAACCUGUUUUUAUGCUUGCAAAUCAAUGACAUUGAACCAUUCUGCCAGGAUGAGCUUGCUCUUUAUAAACAAUGUGCUGAAAGAAGGGACAUGGAGAUUAGGAAUCGUCUUCAAGAAAGUGAGCGGAAAUUGGGUUCAUCAAUGCCUUUUGAAGAAGCCAAGGAGAGAGUUACCCAGCUUGAGAAAGAAGUUACGUCAUUGGAUAGGCACCUCAUUCUUGCUACUGGAGCUGAAGGCAUGGAAGGUUUUCGACAAAGAUGGAGUUUACAUGGCCGCCUAACUGAUACCAAGAAAAGGUUGGAGUCCUUAAAGCAGGGCAUAGAUAGCAGAAAAUGAGGAUGAGUCCAACAACAGAAAUUUGGUUCCUAGGUGAAGGUUGAACCUGCAUCAGGGGGGCACCUUGUUAUAUGCAUCCAUCCAAAUCGUUUAGAAAUAUGGUAUUCUGAUUAUUUGUUGUCGUAAAUUUAACGAUGUAUGUAUUUUGGUGCCCUCAAUAGUCAAUAUUUUCAUUGGCCAAUUCUAUGGUGCCUUUUGUUUGGUGUCUAAUUUUUGCCUAAAUUACCUUUUAUAGUAAUUUUAAAAUAUUUAAAAUUUUUUAACUUUUAUACUUUUAAAUUUAAAAUUAAUCAUUUAACUUAUUUUAGCAAUUAAACAAUAUCUUUUAGGCACCAUAGCAAACACCAUUUUCAUUCUACCUGUGCUCCCUCUAAUUUCUAGGGAAAAUAGUCACGUUAUAUCUAAUGUGAUCAACUUAGAACUCUAUGCUACAUAUUUGUUAGGUUUGUAGCAAAGAUGAAAGAUGUCAUUUCCUUCUGAUAGGAUUUCAGAAAUGUGUGAUUUUAGGCUUUAAUUAGUUUAGCUUUUAACCGGUAUAGAUUUUAUUUUAUUUUCAAAUUGACAUCGUUCAAAAUUACCAUAGUUUGAUAUGUGAGAAAACACUAGACAAUUAUUUUAUCUAUUAUAGUUAUUAUUGUUUGUAUUUAUUAAGAAUUAUUUUUAACAGAGUCUAUAAAAAAUAUUGUAAUUUUAAAAAAGUUAUUUUUCAAAUGGAAACUUUAGUAAAUUGCAUGUUUAGAGUGUAAAAGAAAGCGUCUGAUUGUCUUGUCAUUUUUUCAUCUUCCCAAUUCACAUUCAUUUUUCAUCUCCCCAAUUCACAUUCACUUGCUUUCAAAUGGUGUCUAGAUAAUUGCUAGUUAAAACUUAAAAUAGAUGUGCUUUUCAGAUUUUGAGUGUUACCAUGAGGUCAAAGUAAAUUAAUUAAUAACUUGUUUUUGCGUUUCCACGUUUAUGUUGUUGGGACAUUAAAACUAAAUAUUAAUAUAUUAAUUAACUAUUUAUUUAACCUUCCAAACGUUGUGGUUUUUAUUAUUUUUUCUUUGGUUUAAUAUUUUUGUUCUGAGAGUUACCUGAAACGUUGAUUUGGAUCUGAACAUGAGGUCCAGAUUCUUUUGUAUGGCAGCGUCCAACUUAUUGAUGUCGAGAUGUUGCUUGUCUGAGUUCCUUGUAGAGGAGGAGGAUGGUAUCUGCAAGAGGCUCUGAUGCUUAAGUUAGUAAAGGUUUUAGGCAGAUUUUUAGUAGAUUAGAAUGUAGAUUAUAUUUGAAGGAUGCCAGUGUAUUUAUAAUAGAGUUGAUGACCACUUUUUUUGAAAAAGUUCCAUCUUUAUUGAUGGAUAACUAUUCCCUUUAUCUUGGGAGUUUGUUGGAAACUAUCUUUUUUAGGGAAAAUAAAGAUUGUAGGAGAGAUUCGCGGAGACAGUUACUUGCUUGGACAAGUGGAGCUGGACUCCCUUGCGGUGUCCGACCUCUUCAAAGAGAUCGGGUAUGGAUGAAGAUCUCUUUCCAGGAUUGGUCUGUCAAUCCUUAUUGGGUCUGGCCUUAGUUGCUGGAUUAGGGUAUGAAUAAUAUUCCUGCUUGAGUCCUGAACUUUAUGUAGGUCGAGAUCAAGCAAUUCGUGGCUUCUGCUUAGACGUCAGGUACCCCGCCUUUCCACAGGUUGGAUACUCGAUGUGUUUUGAAAAUUUGAAUGUUGCCUCAUUAAAUGAGGGGCGAACGUUGCGCAGCAGUUUUUCUUGGGAUCCUGCAUGUUUUAAAGAGGAGUUUAGAGUCAUUAUGUCCAUUGUCUCCUAUAAAAGCAUUUUUGGCUCUUCUUCUUCCCCUUUCCCAACUGUCGAAAGCUUUUUCAUUUUCUUCUCUCUUUGCAAAAAAUCUUUCUUCUUCUGUUCUUGCCUUCUAGUUGCUCUCGAUUCCAAGAUUUCUUCAUCUUGGAUCUUUUAAAGAUUUUGCUUUAUGGAGAGGAAGGUUUGUGAUUUGCGGCUUUGAGGUGCUCCUCCUUCUUUGAAUUUUCAUCGAGAGACCAUGGCUUCCAAGACUUUUUCUAUGAAGUAUCUGCGUCAGACUAAGAACACCAUUGUGGUUCGAAGUCUCCAAGGUCAAGAAACCGGUGGCACCUCCUCCUGUCCUUCCCCACAAAAAACGGAUUCUGGUCCUGCUUCCUAGAAGAAGCCCAUCCCUAAUCCUUCUAUUUGCCUGAUUCUCUUCGACCCGACUUUGGAAAGCUCAGGUACCCUGUCUUGCUCGUCACCUUCAGGGCCUCCUCCCAAAAAACAGAAAAUUGUUGUGGAGUCGAGUAUCAAUGAUAAGGAUUUUGACGGGUUUGCUUGGAGCGAGAGGAAUAUUUUGCCCCAUCGCCAGAUAGCCAUGGAUGAUGUGGCUAUUCAAAAUCACCUCAACCAUAUGGCCCGUAAUUGUAUCCGUAUGGUGGGAGUGGGCACUGCUCUGGCUAAAGAGCUAAAAAAGACUCAUGUACGUGCCACCCAAGCCUUUCUGGACUCUGUCGAAGCUGAAGUGGAAAGGCUGAAGGGUUUGAAGGAAGAGUUAGAAUAGAAGAAAGCCAGACUAAAGUCUUACUUGGAGAAAGCCCGUUCUCAGGCGAUAAAGGCUGAGGCUGCAGCAUUAAUGGCUGAGGGGGUAAAAAAGAGGGCCGAGGGGAGUUAUACUCAGACCUAUGGAGAGUUGAUCAACCUUCGGGAGGAGUUAAAAAAUGCCCGGGAGGAACAUGCCGCCCUUCAGGAAAAUGUGGUCGCAGGAAUGGACGAGAUGUUUGAAAAUUUAAAGGCUCAAGUCUGAGUCCUUGCCCCCGUCCUAGACCUUUCCUUGCUCGGCCAAGACAACAUCGUCGUUGACGGGAAGAUCGUGUUGGCCCCUGAUGAGGAUGAGGGGCCUCCUCUCAACCCGAAGUCCCAAGGCAGCUGACCUCCUCAGUCUCCCGAGGUCCAGGUCGAGGUCGAAAAUGCUAAGACUCCUUCUUCACCUCCUCGUCCUAUCCUAGCCGUCCCGGUUUUUGUGCAUCCUCCAACCCAUCCUGUCAAGAGUAAAGAUGCCCAGACAGGUGAGGAUCUCAAUCCGCUUCUUGGCAAGACUUCUUGAAUUUUCUUUAGUCUUGUUUUGGAUAUUUGGAAGGACCUGGCUUGUGGGUCUUAUGACACUUAAUAUAGUUUGCUUUCUCCACAAUCUAUAUAAAGUAGUAUUCAAGUUACUUUCUUACGUUUAAAGAAAUCUUUUGUAUUUUAAAUGAAUGAAGCUAGGUCCUUUUGAGGUUGAAUAUAGUUUUCCUGAUUUUGGAUCUUAAGAACUUUGUUAAGUUAUGAGUUUUCCUUCAUAGUUACGACUUUGAGUAGUCGGUCUUUAUUAA